GCUCUUUGGCUAAAGUUAGCUAGCAAGCUGUCAAGCUGUCAAGUGGAGAGGCUGGGACAAACGUUUCAGCUUCCCCUGGCUUGGCCACUCAAACGCGGCCAUUUAUUUCCCCACAAUUCAUUGUAAGCCAUAGUUUAUGUCGUCAGCUGGGAUAAUGUAAUUCUUCACGGGCGCACGUCAACAGAGACAUUCGUAACUAUAAUUAGAUGCAUUUUGUACUGAGUGACGAUUAUUACUUGCUAACAGGCUAGCUAGCCUAGCUGUGCCGUCGUAAAUUCAUAAUUUCAUCGGGUUGCCCAUUCUGGUGCAACGAAUUAGAACACUGUUCAGCUUUCCUCUGCAGUUUUGCUCCUGUCCAUUCGUAAUUGGGUUUUUGGUGGGACACAAUGGGGGCUUUCCUGGAUAAACCAAAGAUGGAGAAAUACAAUUCUCAUGGUGAGGGGAAUAGCCUGAGGUAUGGUCUAAGCAGUAUGCAGGGCUGGCGAGUGGAGAUGGAAGAUGCGCACACAGCAGUAAUAGGUCUGCCUCAUGGGCUGGACCUUUGGUCCUUUUUUGCUGUUUAUGAUGGCCAUGCAGGCUCUCAGGUGGCCAAAUACUGCUGUGAGCACCUGCUUGAGCACAUCACAACUAAUUCAGACUUCCAGAGUGCUCUACAGGAGGAGGCCUGUGUAGACAGUGUGAAGAAUGGGAUCCGUACAGGGUUCCUGCAGAUUGAUGAACAUAUGCGAACCAUCUCAGAGAAGAAGCAUGGUGUGGACCGCAGUGGUUCGACUGCAGUGGGAGUGUUAAUUUCUCCCACUCAUGUGUACUUUAUCAACUGUGGUGACUCUCGUGCACUGCUGAGCAGGGCUGGAGCAGUGCACUUCUUCACACAGGAUCACAAACCUAAUAAUCCCUUGGAGAAGGAGAGGAUCCAGAAUGCUGGUGGCUCUGUUAUGAUCCAGCGUGUCAACGGUUCCCUGGCUGUGUCCCGAGCACUUGGAGACUUCGACUACAAAUGUGUGCAUGGAAAAGGCCCCACAGAGCAGCUGGUGUCUCCUGAGCCUGAAGUUUAUGCUAUAGAGCGAUCUGAAGCAGAAGAUGAAUUUAUAAUUCUAGCAUGUGAUGGCAUCUGGGAUGUUAUGGCCAAUGAACAACUCUGUGACUUUGUCAGGUCAAGGCUAGAGGUGACAGAUGACCUUGAACGAGUCAGCAAUGAAAUCCUUGACACCUGCUUGUAUAAGGGGAGUCGGGACAAUAUGAGUGUUGUGCUAGUCUGUUUUUCUGGGGCACCCAAGGUUUCACCUGAAGCAGUGAAGCGUGAAUUUGAGCUGGAUAAAUACUUGGAAUCCAGAGUAGAAGAAAUACUCAAAAAGCAAGGAGAUGAAGGAGUCCCAGAUUUGGUCCAUGUGAUGCGGACAUUAGCAUCUGAAAGCAUCCCCAACCUUCCACCUGGAGGAGAGCUGGCAAGCAAGCGAAGUGUAAUUGAGGCGGUAUACAACAAACUGAAUCCGUAUCGAAGUGAUGACACGGACUCGGCCUCCACAGACGACAUGUGGUAACCCAAGCUCUGGCACUAACACAGCGUUUACACAGCACCACCUCUCCAGACCACAGCAGCUCGCUCAGAGGCCCUUGGACCUCUGGGCUCUGGGUUUUCAAGAAGGGAAAUUAAUGAGAGGAGGGAGGCGGAGAUGCAUGCACACCAACGUCUUAAGUGCUGCACCAGUCCACUCUGGAUUCAGGAUCCCCAGCGUCUUGUCUCCAUCUGUCCUCACCUUAUACUCUCCUCUAAAGUAACCCAUAACAAGUGAGUCCUCAAGGUUUUCUUAUUUUUGGUUCAAUUAUCCGCUUCAGUAGAAAGUUUAUUUUUGCUGUAAUUAAUUUGAUUCACAUUUCUAUUUGUGUGUGUUUGUAUAUUUCUGUUUUUGUGAAGUGCAAUUGUCGUGUACAAAUGGCCUGUAUUUAUGCAGCUUGAUUUUAAGUUAAAUGAAAAAGAGAACCUUCCAUGCACUGUCUGCCUUUUUCUGCCCUUCUGGAACUGUUCCAAAUGUCUGAGUGAAGACUUCUGCUUGCCCUUCCACCAUACAGCACUUUCCUUUUCAUUUGAACAGUUGUACUCUGAAGAAACGGGUAAAUGUAUAGUUGACAGCACAGUAAGCUCUCUGUACCACACCAUUAACCCUGUGCUUUUAUUGUAUUUUUAUUUUUCUAUGUGCAUUUGUCAACAUGCUUCUACUGAAACUUUGUUAGAGAGAGCCCUGGAAGCAUGUCAGUGGAAAGGGAGUUCUGAAUGUGCAGCUUCUAUCAAAGUCUAAAUCUUUUGUUCUGUCCCCAUAACAUCACUGAGCAACGUUUACAAGCUGUUAGCUUUUAAUAAUGGUUCAGAUUGCAUCAUUCUGAAGAAUCCCUGAUCUGCCACUGUGAAUAAGGACAUACCUUUUCCUAAAUGAUUCUCAUCAAAAUUCUGUCAUAACAUGACAAAUUUCAGCAGAGAAAGGUCUUUUUUUCAUCAUGUCAAAUUUUACUUUUAGAAAAACAUUGUGAUGUUUUAACUAGAAUUUUCAUGAUCAUGCAGAUCAGCGAUUCCAUCUGACCUGCCCAUUGUUUGCCAACAUAUGCUUUAUGACAGCCGUUUCCCAUUUCUUUUCAUGAUAGGUAGUGGAAAGCUUUAAAGCUACAAUAUUGUUGUGACUUUAUGAUUAAUAGAUUUACCUGAGCAGUGACAAUAAAUCCAAACUUCUAAUCAACUUUGAAUUGAAUAAUAAUAAACUUAACCUUAAACUACUCCUUUUGUACAACCUUUGUUGCCAAAACUUUGUAUGUCAAAUAGCCAUGAUCAUCAAGUAUUUUUCAUAAUUUAACCCAAGAACAAAUGUUUCAUUUUCUUUGCACAAUUCUCUGCUAAGCCCCUUCCACUGCAUUCAAACACAGCAGUAUGCUGCAGCUUGCCUCUUGUGUUUUUGUGUGAUACUUUCCCAUACUGACAUUCACUUUGUCUCAACAAAUCUAUUAAAAUGUCUCUAACUUUUUUUAUUUAUUUUUUGCGCACCAUUGUUGGAGAUUCAUGUAUGUAUAUAUUUUGACUUUCAAGGAAUAAAUCAUGUUGCUUGAGCUAGUUCUUUUUUGCCAUAGACAAAGGAUGAUUCCAGUGUAUAUCUAUAGUCAGUUGGUAUAUUAAAGUCCUAUUGUACUAAUUUAGACGACAAUCGUGACCCUUUAUGAUUUGUGUAGAUACAUUCUUUUAUGUGCUUUAAAUGUGCUUUUUGGCAGAAGGGUCAGAGAGCACAUUGAACUGAUUUUUUAAAUUGGCCUAAAAGUAUUAAAGCUGCUCUCUUUUGGCCUCUUAAGCUGGUUUCAAAACCGUAGUGCUCUGUGCUGGUCCGUGCUGUGUAAAGGCCAAGCUCACGGCAUGGACCACGCUCAGUCCAAGGGUAAUUCUAUAGACUUCACCCUGUUCACUACAAAUGCGCAAGGAAAAACAAGAACUCAUGCAAAUCCUGAAGGCUGAGUGGAUCUGAGCAAUUGAGCACUGGUCAGAAAUGUGUUUGAUUUUGAGGAUGCACUUAACUACCAGCUCCAAUAGGCCUGUAUAAGCUACUGCAGCCAUUCUGCUCACAUAACACAAAUAUCACACAACAGUCAAGAGUAAAUUCUUUCUACAAGUGGGAUUUUAGUUUGCACUGUAGAGUCUGGCAUAUGUCUGCUGUAAACCCAGACUAUAGAAAUACCAUUGUUUUAUUCAAAUACUCUUGCCUUCACUCCACACACUGCUUUUUACUGAGUGUGUCUCUCUUCACAAACAUGUAAUACCAUUUUAAAAGUUUUAUUUUUUUAAUAUAAUUUAUUUCAGUUAAGUGCAUAUUUACAAUAUGUUGUGCAGUCCCAGUUUCAAAAUAAAGUCUCAUCUGGCUUCUUAAGAACCCAAUUCCUCCUGUGCUAAUGUCAUAUACUAAUUAUUGGUGGUUAUUGGAGAGAUUUUGCCUGUAGUACUUUAUGACUAAUUUGCAGCUUACAUCUGAAAGCUGCUUUGUGAAAAACUUAGAACAAAUCUGCCCUUUCCCUUUUCACUUUGCUUCAUAAUGUUGUACUUGUGUCAAUAAAAAUAGUUGAGACUGACUGUAGUUUGCCCCUCACCCUAUAUCUCCUGUGUUGACUGAAUUGUUCCAGUUUCAAAGUAAAGAGUUGAUAUGAUUAAUAUUGUAUUUCACAUCUAAAAACACUAUUGGUCUUUGGUAAAAUAUGGAGUCCUAUUUGUGAUACUUGCAAAUAUAGGGUUAAGGGGUUUUAGCAAAGUGUAAUAUUAGCUCUAAUACUAGAAUAAAUGGCUGUACCACGCACUUAAUGAAAUCAGAAUAAAAUAGAUAUUAACCAAUGUAUAAAGCUCUUUGAUGCUGACUUGGUUGCCUGUGCCCAGUUAUCUAUUGCACAAGGCUGUCUGUCAGGAGGUUGUCCUCUUUUAUGUAACCAAUAUGUUCCCGGGUUGUGUGGUUGACUGUGCUGCCCUAACUGUGGUGGUUCUUUCCCCACCACUCAGAGAUAAGCUCACCGAUUUGCCUUACCUGAUGUUAUGUAUUCCCUCAAAGUGUGCUCCACCACAGACACAGCCCUGUUUCCUCUCAGCACAGCACCUGUAAGGCUUGUGUAGCCAUUUUCCAGAGACUGUAUGUCCAGACCUUCUACAGUUUCUAUACCCAUUUAUAUUUAAAUGGGUAAAGAACCUCAAUCCAUUUCUACAGCAGAUAAAUUCAACCCAAUAAAUCAAAUCUGUUUGUAUAAAAAUGGACAGGGUUGUUUUCUGUAAAGGUCUGAAACUCUGUCAGUGAACACAAGCCAUGCUGUAGUUUGAUGGGAACUUGGCUUUUUAAUGUUGGUGUGUUUCCAUGUCUCUGCAAAGAGACUGUCCUGGUUCAACAAGGUACAAGCUUCCAGCCUGUGGUUGGUUGGAAGCUCUUUUUCCAUGUUUUUGAAUUUUGAGGAAUAAAACCUGAAAUGAGUUUUCACCUCAGGUGAUAUCAUACCAAUUCAAGUGUUAACAUGGCAACCUCUUGAUGAUGUGCACACAUACGUUCAUGUUGGAUAUAUCUCUGAUUACAUGCAGAAAUGGCUUUAGAGUGCUGUAGAUAAAUAUUGUCAUGUUGAUUCAAAAGCUUGUCAGAGGCCUCUGUGAGUGAUUUGACAACGUUCAAUAACUGUAUAUUUUGUAUUCUAUUUUAGCUCCAAAGGAAUGGCAGAGAAAAAUAGAAAACAUGUUUAAAAAAGCUUUGUUCCCUGAACUAAAUCGUACUAUUUGUGUUGUCAAUUGAACAAAUUGCAUUCCUUGCCUGUGAAUUGAUGCAUUUUUCUCCCUGCUCCUUACAUCUCUUCUUUUACCUUAAUUUCUUUCAUUUUUUAGCCUUUUGAAGUUUGAAGAAAUUUCUAGUUUGCAGAAUGUAUUACUAAAUAAAUGGCUUGUCAUCUUGUA